AUGAAGAAGUACGGUUUACAGCUGAGGGUUCCGCUGUUCCAACAGAAAAAGACGGCGACAAGACCACCAUUACCUCCUCCUCACGGCUUCCAAAAAGACGACGAUGAUGACGUGGAGAGAGAGAUUUCCCGCCAAGCUCACAAAAACAAAGCUCUCAAGGAAGUAGAGGAGCAACAUAAGAAAGCUUUAGAGGAAGAUCCUUCAGUGUUUGAUUACGAUGGAGUUUACGACGAGAUGAAAGAGAAGGUUGUUCGCCCCCGUCUUCAAGAUCGCGAAGAGAGAAAGCCAAAAUAUAUUCAUAACUUAAUGAAAAAAGCGGAGCAACGGAAAUGGGAACAGGAGAUAGUAUACGAGAGGAAGCUUGUGAAAGAGAGAAGUAAAGAGGAUCACCUUUACUCAGACAAGGAUAAGUUUGUGACUAGUGCCUACAAGAAAAAGCUUGCUGAGCAGGCAAAAUGGAUGGAGGAAGAACGCCUACGACAACUUCGAGAGGAGAAAGAGGAUGUUACCAAGAAGAGUGACUUGAGUGAUUUUUACUUCAACCUUGGUAAAAAUGUUGCGUUUGGGGCAAAUGAAUCAAAAUCAAGAAAGCUUGAAUUAGGGAAACUUGAGAAGGAGAGCGAGAAAGAUGCAUCCAAUAGAGAUCAGCCGUUGCCUGAACCAACUGCUCCCGAGUCUUCUGCUAUGACUGACCAGACUCGAGAUGAAACAGGUUCUAGAGAAAUAUUUGAGUCUCGAGAUUCGAAGCCAAUAACCAAAGAUAUACUUCCAGACACUACAAUACAGGAGAACACUUCAGAGAAACAACCGUCUGUUGAUGGACCAAAAAGCAACCAUCAUAAAAGAGGUGAAGAUUCAGUUGCAGCAGCUAGAGAACGUUUUCUGGCACGCAAGAGGGCAAAGGAGCAAUGA